AGAAAACUAAAGAGAAUAACAUCCCCCCAAUCAACAUAUGAAAAGAAAGGUGGAAGUCGUCAACUUUACGUUGACAGAAUAAUGAUGAAUCAAACAAACCAAACCAAGGACGCUCUCUCCUGCUACAGUCCUUCUGUUGAAAUCUACCGGUACUUUGCCGCUCUGUGGGGAUGUGCUGUAACCAUCACGGGUACGGUGGGGAACCUGAUGACUAUUCUGGCUUUUGCCUUUGACCCACGUCUGAGGACUCGCUUCAAUGUGCUCAUUGUCAACUUGGCUGCAACUGAUCUCUUGUACUGCACCAUCCUGCAGCCCUUCUCCAUCGACUCCUACCUGCACCUCAGGUGGCGCAGCAGUGAGCUGUGGUGCAGAGUCUUCGGCCUGCUCGUCUGCCUCUCCAACUCGGUUUCCAUUUUCACUCUCUGCCUGAUAGCAUUGAGUAGAUAUCUCCUGGUUGCAAAGAGAGUUAUGUUUGACCGUGUUUUUUCUAAACGUGGUCUUGUUUUACUCCUCGUCUCUGCGUGGACGUUCAGCCUGGUCAGCUUUGGUCCACUCUGGUCUGUCUAUGUGUUUGUGCCACAGGUGUGCACAUGCAGCUUCCAUCGUACCCGGGGUCGUCCUUACACCACCAUCCUGCUAGCAUUCGGCUUUCUUGUUGGCCUGAGCUGUGUUGGUGCAUUCUACCUGCUCAUUUACAAACAUGUCCUGGUUGCAACACAAGCUCUGCUCCGCUACAGGUUCAGCCAACAGUCAUCCAUCAGGAAACCAACACCAGCUCAAGAGACUAACGAUAGCAGUGUAAAUUCUGUCAUAACAAACUCGUGCGGCCAGGCAGAACUGGUUCAGGGCAUAGAGGCAGCUGGUGAAAAGUCCUGCCAGUCUUCUCAAAGUUCACUUAAGACCUUAAAAACUGAGCCCCCAUCUGAAGCUGACCUUGCACCACCUACUCCCACAAAUGCAGCGCUGGCAUCACACUCGACAGUUGCAGUGGAUGAAAAGGAAAUUAAGCACAUAACACGGAUGUGCUUAACUGUUUUUCUGUGCUUUGUGCUCAGCUAUGUCCCCUUUCUGCUGCUCAACACAGCCGACAAACUGAACCACGCCCCUCAGUUACUAUACAUGUUCUUUACAAACCUCACUUGGCUCAACAGCUGCAUCAACCCCGUGCUCUAUGCUGUCAUGAAUCGCAAGUUUCGACAGGCCUAUCACAUGCUGCUCACCAAGGCUGCUGAACCUUUCACCCACCUGUGUAUCCAUCACACAGAUCAGAGUUGAUAAAACUUAAAGCAGACAUUAUAAGAUGGGAGACAUGCUAAGAAUGUUGAGCUGAAAUCAAUGGAAGAAUUUCAAAACAGCAAAAAUAUCAGCAUCAAUUUCUCUUCAGGGUGGAAAAAACUUUUUAAAACUUUAUUUUCGGGGGGUGAGAGCAUUUUUUUAAAAUCUUGUUUCUAUUCUGUACAUAGGGUUUAUGACAGGGCAUUUUCAGCCUUGCAGUACAAAAAUAUGUGUAGUUCAAAUUUUCCUCAUUUUAAAUGCCAUAAAAGGUUACUAAUGUAAAUAAACAAUUUGCUCUAAAUGGACAUGACUUCAUUUUGAAUCUUUGCAAACUUUGUACCAAAUCUCAAAAUUGCCCUGUUGUGUGUCUGUCUCAGCCAUAGUUCAAUAACUACUAACUUUUAGAAAGAAAAAAAAUCAUAAUCACCCCUGGCAUAAUUGUAUAUCUGUUAUAGUAACACACAUAGAAUUAUUCCAAGAUAACAAUAUCUUUCUAUACAUAUAUUUCUAAAAAUUUGGACAUGUAAUAUUAUUUGUUAAAAAAAAUCUAAAAAAAAAAAAAAAAAUAGCUGUCUAUGGUGUGCCAAUUUUAAAUUGGGCAAUUCCAAUUGGAGAGCAAUAUUUAGCUAAAGGGCCCCAUUCAAGGUUAUGUAGCUGAGGAGCCACAUGAAUCCCAUGACACUCAUACAGAUUAAGUUUUGUUGACCUCAUGUUUAAAAUGUAUAUUUCUCAAUAUAAUUACAAAACCUUAUGUAAAUGUAUCUUACAAAGUGAUGACAUUUAAGUUAUUAGUGCCACGGUUAUAAACUGUGCAUAAGUGUGAUGAAUGCGUACCUUAUUUGGAGAAGAAAGAACUGAAGGAGAAAUGAGUAGAAGAGACUAUAAAGAAGUGAUAGAGAGCAAAUUUACAAGGAUCCAAGCAGAAUAUAAGAGAAGGUAAAUCAACUGGAAAUGUUGCAUUAAAAUAGAAAUUAAAAAUAUCACUCAGGUAUCUUGAUGACUUCAGUGUGAGUACCAGCUCUACUGAAUGUCUACCCACUAUUAAGUAUUAGGAUAUGCUGAUGCUGGGCUUACCUAUUAAAACUAUUAUUAUUACUACUUUUUUAAAAAGAAUAAUAACUCAGUAAUUUAAAAAAACAAUAAUAAUCCUUAAUCAUCUUUACUUUGGUAAUUUAUUACAUUGACAUUAACCUAUUGUCUACCAUUUUCCAAAGAGGUAUCAUGAAAAGAAGAAUGAAGGAAACUGAAAAGUGUGUUAACUGUUCAAUUCAUAACAUCUCUAAAAGUGUAUUUUUUAACAAAAAUCAUAUUCAUUAAUGUUGUGCAUAUUUCUUAAAGUGAAAUUAAAAUGCAUUUUUCAAAGAUGUUAAAAUACAUGAAUGUAAUCAUGAGAUUGAGUGCAUGAGCUACGAAGAAUCAAAGUUCUUUCUGAAAUUUAGGCGUCAUUUAAUAAGUGAAAGUUUAUUUGUUGCGAUCAGUACAUUUGAUUGAUGUAUUGUUGAUGCAAAGAAUGACUUUCUCUAUCGAUGUUUAAAUAAAUACUUCACAUAUUUGGGCCCUCAGCACCAUUUCUGUCCCUUAGUGUGACAUAAUGUUCUCUGGUGUGACUUUCAUAAAAUUACCAAAAAAAUGCUUCUUUUUUUAACUUCUUUUUUUCUAUCAUUAUCUCACCUGUUAAGGAGAAGAUGGGGUACAUACAGACAUAUACAGUAUAGAUGUACAUACAUAGUAAGAUGCUUGAACUGCUCAAAUAACGCCUGGAGUAAAUCUGAAAUAUUGGUUUUUAGCUGUAAAGCAUCCUCACUUUGAUGGCGAGCUUUAUAAAGC